UUUGGACAAGAUAUAUAAAUCCCAAGAAUUUUUUCGGAAAAUCAUCCCCUCAAAAUUAGCAUAAUAAAAAGGAAAGGGAAAAAGAACUUUGAUUUGUAUGUAAAUUGUGAUCCCCAGAUUCCUUCAUACAAGAAAACUAGAUUUCAUAAAAGCCUAGAUUUGUGCUAUAAAGUAUAAACCCUACAAACCGAAUGCACCAAUCCCUAAUUUUCCACCCAUUGACAGAGUUCAAAUUUCAUUGAUUUCAGUGAUUGGAGCAAAAUUUUGUUCGUUUUCUGCAAAACUCGAUUCCCAGAAGCAUUUUUGUUCUUGCUCGUCAUUUCCCAACUUUGAAUUUUGGUUUUUGGAUUCGACAAUAAAAAAGGAGAGUUUUUGGAAACGCUGAGUUCUGAGUGUUGUUUCAGUGCAAUUGGGCAGCAGGGGAGCUUGCGAUUCAGUGAAAUUUGGGAGUGAAACUUGAUUCUGGGGGCCGAUUUGGUGAGUUGGGUCGUUGAAGUUUUGGGUUUCUGAUCGAGAAAAAAAUCUGGGUUUUUGGGAGAUUUUUGAAUGAUUGGGCUGGGAUUGGGAGGAGGAGGGAGAUGAGAGGGGCACAUGAAGGUUUGGAUCAACAAUGACUGGAGGGUCAUUGGGGAUUCGAUCAGGGAGUUAUGGUUCUUUGGAUAAACAGCUACACAACAACAUCAACAGCAUCAACGGAGUGUUGCCAAUCCAAUCUGCGCGUAAGCCUUCGAAAAUGCUCAAGGAGAAGGAGAGGUUGUUCCACUGGAUCUGCAAGUUUGCCGGCCGGAAGAAGGUUGGAAUGCUGCUGCUCUGCCUCAUCUCCGCAGCGGUUUUUGUCUGGGUUUUGUACGUUGGAAAAGGUGAAGACGGACAAGAUGUUGUCAGUGUCGGAAACAUUAGUGUUAACAACAGCAUCACUUUAAGUUUUUCUGAAUCCUCGCGAAAACAUGGACCUGAAAGUAACAACAUGACUUUUUCGCUGGCGUUGCCUCCUCCUCCUCCUGCUGUUUUUCUGGGUUACACUCUUCCUCCUGGACAUCCAUGUAAUACAUUCACUUUGCCUCCCCCACCAGCAGAUAAAAAAAGAACUGGACCACGACCUUGUCCAGUAUGUUACCUUCCUGUGGAAGAAGCCAUAGCCUUGAUGCCCAAGGUCCCUUCAUAUUCUCCAGUUCUGAAGAAUUUAACAUACAUUUAUGAAGAAAAUUUAUCUAGAAAAACAGAAUUUGGAGGCUCAGAGUUUGGUGGAUACCCUACAUUGAAGCAAAGGAGUGAUUCAUAUGAUAUAAGAGAGUCAAUGAGUGUGCAUUGUGGAUUUGUUAGAGGAAGUAAACCUGGCCGGAAUACUGGAUAUGAUCUGGAUGAGAUUGACCUAAAUGAUAUGGAGCAGUGUAAUGGUGUGGUUGUUGCAUCGGCUAUAUUUGGAAAUUUUGAUGAGAUAAACCAGCCAAGGAACAUUAGUGAUUAUUCCAAGGAGACCGUUUGCUUCUACAUGUUUAUAGAUGAUGUGACAGAAGCUUACUUGAGAACAUCUGGGAAAAUGGGCGGCGAUAGGAAAGUUGGUAUAUGGAGAACUGUGGUUGUGCAUAACCCUCCUUACACGGAUGGAAGGCGCACUGGGAAGAUUCCUAAGCUUUUAGUGCAUAGGAUGUUUCCUAAUGCCCGUUUUUCCUUAUGGAUUGAUGGGAAACUUGAACUUGUCGUGGAUCCGUAUCAAAUUCUUGAAAGGUUCUUGUGGAGAAAGAAUGCAACUUUUGCGAUUUCUAGACAUUAUAAACGCUUUGACGUGUUUACUGAAGCUGAGGCAAAUAAAGCUGCUGGAAAAUACGACAAUGCCUCUAUUGACUUUCAGGUUGAAUUUUACAAAAAGGAAGGUUUGACCCCAUAUUCUGAGGAAAAGCUUCCCAUUACAAGUGACGUUCCUGAAGGAUGUGUUAUAAUAAGGGAGCAUGUCCCUAUCAGCAACCUUGCCGCUUGUCUUUGGUUCCAUGAAGUUGAUCGUUUUACUUCCAGGGAUCAGAUUAGUUUUUCCACAGUGAGAGACCACAUUCGCGAAAAGACAAACUGGACUAUCAAUAUGUUCUACGACUGUGAAAGACGCAAUUUUGUUGUUCAGAAAUAUCAUAGAGAUGUAUUGGAGCACAUGGCUCCUCCUCUUCCUAAGGCUGUUCCUCCACCACCGCUAUUACCACCACCACCACCGUCACCCCCAGCUUUAAGUAACGAACCACCAGUUAAACCAUCAACCGAAACUUCACCCGAGAGCAUUGUAAAAGCCCCAGGUAAGAGGCCUCCAAGGCGUGGGAGAGAUAGAAGGUCGGGCUCUAGACGUCACCGCAAAAUCGUGGCCGGUGCUAGAGACAUCGAUUCAAGUUAAAAGUUUUGUUCAAGAAAGUUACAUCAUUCUUUAGACCUCCCCCUUCCGAAACUUGUUCACGGCGGUGGGGGCGGCGGUUACGGAGGAUUUGUGCAAGAUGAGAGUGUCCUAGCUCUGCUUCAACAUGGAGCGGCUUUCUCCUCAUUCUUUCUACCUUUUGGAAUAUUGUCUCAGUUUUUUUACUCAAUUUUUUGUUGUAUAUAUAGAAGUAUAAUUUUUCCAAAUAAAUUAUGAAAAAUAUGGCUUGCUACCAAAAUACCCCCUCAUGUGCAAUGGCCCAUUUUGUCCUUUAAUUACCAUUGUACCCCCACCCAAAAUUAUAUACUAGUAGAUGUCUCUUAAUUUGAAAAA